AUAAAGCAUGCGUUUUUGUUGUUCUUUUUAAAUAAAAACGUUGUUAUAAAACAACAUAGAUUAAGGACAAUAGUAGUUCCGCUUCAGACGGUACAAGAAAACAUGGCCGCGUCCUUCAGCUGCGGCGGGAGGCUGCUGACCGCCGUCGCUCGGUCCGGCUCGCCUUUAAGCAGAGGCCUCCAUGUGACCGCCGCCUGCUGCAAGAAUCGAGCCGCUCGGAUCCGGGUGGGGAAAGGAGACAAGCCGCUGACCUACGAGCAGGCGCAUCCGCCGCAUCAGAUCGGCCACCGCAAAGGAUGGCUGUCGCAGCACAGCAGUAACCUGAAAGGAGAGGAGGGGGCGGCCGACCGCACCGUGGAGGACGUCUUCCUCCGCAGGUUCAUGUUCGGGACCUUCCACGGCUGCCUGGCCAACGAGGUCGUCAUCAAAAGGCGCGGCAACCUGCUGGUGGUCUGCGCGCUCAUGCUGCAGAAGAUGCCGCCGCAGAAGUUCUACUUCCUGAUCGGCUACUCCGAGUCGCUGCUGUCGCACUUUUACAAAUGUCCCGUCAAGUUGGAGCUGCAGACCCUGCAGGAGAAGGCGGUGUACAAGUACCUCUGAUGGGACUGCGGGGUACUGGUGUGUACGUAGCAGUACUACCGUUCCUGCCGAGCUUCUGUGAAGUAACCGUUAUGUAAAAAGUACGGAAGAUGGGCUGGAACGUACCACAAAAUGUUCUAACUAAAUUUGAUGGGGUUUGAUGAAAAAAGCCUCAGUUCCUGUUCGUUAUUGUUUGUUUUUAAAUAAAGAUUCAGUUGUUGCAGGUGUCAAACACAA